GAAAUUUGAAAUUCCUGCUGACUCAGCACAGGCAAUAUGGACGAGCUCAAGGCAAAGCACCGCAAGGAGCUGCGGGAGCUCCAGGGAAAGAUCACGGGCAUGAAGAAGAGCGUCCCAAAGGGUGACAAGAAGCGCAAGAAGGAGGUGAUGGCCGAGAUUGCGCUGCUGGAGGCGGCCACAGAGAAGCGACAUGACGAUGAGAUUCGCGCCCUUGAAGAGGAACUGGCGAAGCAGACCAUCAGCGAAGCUGGGGAUGAGGCCAAGCCAGAGGAGGAUGCAAAGGCACAGGAAGAAGAGCAGCAGCAGCAGCAGCAGCCCCGCAAGACGCGCGCACAGAAGCGACGGGAGAAAAAGGCCAGAGAGGAACGGGAACGUGAGCGUCGCAUCAAAGAAGCAGCGCCAGCGCCAGGGACAACCAGCAAAGAGAUUGAGGAGGCUGCUCUCAACGAUGCACUGUCCAAGCUCAACCUCAGCAUACAGCGGGUGCCCGCAGACGGUAACUGUCUGUUCAAGUCCAUUGAAGUGCAGCUGCCCGAAGCAAAGGCAAAGGAUGCGCGGGCGCUGCGCGAAAUCGCCGCUGAUCACAUGCGCACACACCGCGACGACUACCUUCCCUUCAUGACCAACGACAAGGGCGACAUGAUGUCUCCAGAGGAGUUUGAGGCGUAUUGCGAGAAGAUGGCGACGACGAGCGAGUGGGGCGGCCAAAUCGAGAUUCGCGCGCUUGCGGAAGCGCUCAACUGCUGCAUUGAAGUGUUCCAGGCAACAGCGCCAACACAGGUGAUUGGCGCUGCAGAUGCGGCUGAUAAGGUGCGGUUGAGCUAUCACCGCCACCAGUUUGGUCUGGGCGAGCACUACAACGCCGUUGUGUCUUCGUCUUCCUCAUCGUGAUCAUGGCCACGGCCGCCACCAUCGUCGUCAUGUUCAAGUGUUGCUGGGAUGGGCGAAGCAACGUCAGCCGUGUGUCUGAUAUGAUGACACCAACGAUAACCUGGUGAUUGGUUGUGUGUGCCGUUUCACACCAACGAAGCCACAUAUGCCAACGCCACAUCAUUUCUGUCGAUGUUUCGACAAUUCAACAUCCCAUCAACACGUGUCUGUGCUCGCAAGCAUGCUCCAUUGAUAUUCCUCUCCAACACAACUGCAGCAUUUUACCGACGUUGUGCCAAUAAACCCUCACGCACACAAACGUGACUCAGC